AUGAAGUCGAAAACACUUUUUUCGUUAAUAAUAUAUGCGAGCUUUAUGGUAACUACAAUCGAGACGGCAGAAUACAACGAAGAACCUACGGCGCCAACAGAGGAACCAACUACUACACCUUUUCCAUCUUGUCUCAAUCCUAUUGUUAAUCCAGAUUUACCAGUAACGAUAAAUCUUACACAACUAUCAUUUGGAAAAGGAUUUUUACCAAACAAGAGUAUUGAAAUUAAUGGUGUGGUUCUUGCAAAACCAUACCUAUUUGUGGUUAAUUUGUUCGAAGAUGGAGUAAUGUACCAAACUGCUGACGUGCCAUUAUAUUUCAAACCGGUCUUCCGACGCAAUCCACCUUAUGUAAUUUUAUAAUUAAAAUUGGUUUUUAUUCGAAUUUUCUUGAGGUUGUUUGUACAAAUUGGAUAAAAAACGGAGGAUUUGGACCUGUGGAAGAGUAUGGUGACUUUCCUUUUAAGGCUGGCCAACCAUUCAUUUUGGAUUUUGUUGCAGAGCCAAAAAAUACAAUAAUUGUUAUUAUCCAAUUUUUCCAUAAUUUCUUAAUUUUUUUGUAGAUCUAUGUCAAUAAUGAACAUUUUGUAACAUUCUCUCGUGUUGAUUUGAGUAAAGUUAGUCAAUUAUAUAUUGAUGGGGGAGACACAAUUCGUGUUAACUCUUUGACAUUGUGUCCGAAUCAAGUUAUAACGACUAAAACACGAAAGCCAAAAAUCACAACAGUAAAACCUACGACGCCAACAGUUAAACCAACUACUACACCUCCCCACCCUUGUCUCAAUCCUAUUGUUAUAUUGAAUCCA